CCGCAAUUCCCCAUCCAUUUCCGUACACACACUCCGACAGACAGGGGUUUUGCUAGGGUUCUCCUCCUGCCACACCACCGGCGUCCACCGCUCCGCCGCCCCCCACCUCCCCUGCCGCCGCCGCAGCGAUGGCCGCCGUCGGCGAGGACGACGCGGCGUGGGAGCGCGCCAUUUCCGCGGCCACCAAGGCCACCUCCGCGCCCAAGACCCUGGCCCUCGACGGCAUCGUAAAGUCCUCCACGGGCCGCCUCCCCUCCGCGGCCCUGCUCGAGCGCGUCGCCGCCUCCCUCGAGGAGCUCUCCGUCGCGGGGGCGCGGCUCUCCUCGCUGGAGGGCCUGCCCCGCCUGCCGGCGCUCCGGCGCCUCUCCCUCCCCGACAACCGCCUCUCGGGCGCCGCCGCGCUCGCCGCCGUCGCGGAGGCCUGCGGCGCCACGCUGCGCCACCUCGAUCUGGGGAACAACCGGUUCGCGGACGUCCAGGAGCUCGCGCCGCUCGCCGGGGUCGGGGUCGAGUCGCUCGACCUGUACCAGUGCCCCGUCACCAAGGUCAAGGGGUACAGGGAGAAGGUCUUCGCGCUGAUUCCUAGCUUGAAGCACCUCGAUGGCGCCGACUCUGAGGGCAACGAGCGUUUGGAGACGGAUGACGACGAAGAUGAUGAGGAGGACGACGAGGAGGGGGAAGAGGGAGAAGAAGGGGAAGGGGUGGAGGGAGAAGAGGAGGGCGAGGAGGAAGAAGAGGAUGAUGGAGAGGAAGGGGAUGAAGAAGAUGGUGAGGAUGGUGAAGGGGACGGCGACGAAGAAGGUGAUGAGGAGGCUGAAGACGAAGACGGUGAAGCUGAGGAUGACGAAGUUGAUGCAGACACAGAAGACAAGGAGAACAUCGAAAGCAAAGCAGGAUCUUCCCUGCCAAAUAAGAGGAAAAGGGAUAGUGAGGAUGAUGCCAAUGGUGACAAGUAAAACGGUGAGGGAAACAGUGUUUCCUGAACUUCGGAAGCGUUCGUGUUUACUGAUUAUUGUUUGCAUGCUUUCUGUUUUUCCCCCCUGCAUUUGUAAUAGACUAGAGCAUAGUUUUUUUAGGCGAUUCCAUUUCUGAUGUAUCUUCUGGAUUCUGGAAGUUGUCUGACUCUGAAACAAUGAGUACUCUUGGAUGUCCCCAGCAUGUAUACACCCUUUGUUUGGUGUGACUUCCUGAUGUUGCUAAUCGAGAUCCCAGUUCAUAUUGUGCUA